ACAAUAAAAAGUCAAAUGUUGCAAGACAUUUUCAGAGUAAACACACAGCCUUUGCUGAAAAAUAUCCAGAUGGAGAUGAGAGAAAAAAAGCCAUUUCGGAACUGAUGCAGAAGGUUGAUAUGAGCAAAAUUCAUUUCAAGAAGUCUGCAAAUUCAACUACUUACGCUAGUUUUGUGGCCGCUCAGGAAAUAGUCAGGCACGGGAAGCCGUUCACAGAUGGGGAUUAUAUAAAAGAAUCAUUCAUUAAGAUUUCAGAACAUCUAUUCUCGGACUUCAAAAACAAGAGUGAAAUUGUGCAGAAAAUCAGAGAUAUGCCUCUCUCUGCAAAGACUGUGAAAGACAGAACCAUAAAAAUGGCAGAAAACAUAACCAGGCAGCAAAUUAAAGACAUCAAUUCAGCUGUGGCGUACUCAAUCGCCUGUGAGGAGUCCAAAGACAAAGGUGAUAUUGAACAAAUAGUGCUGUUCUGCCGAUAUGUGAACUCUGCUGGGCCACAGGAAGAAAUGCUUGAGUUGAUACCGCUAAAAGGCCAAACACGGGGGGAGGACAUCUGUGAGGCUGUCUUGGAUUACCUAAGAACCAAAGAAAUAAACACCACCCACCUGGUGUCAGUGGCUACUGAUGGGGCACCGAGUAUGACAGAAGAGCAGAAGGGCUUUGUAGCUUUACUGCAGAACUUGCUGGGUAGAAAGCUGCUGACAUUUCACUGCAUCCUGCACCAAGAGGCAUUAUGCGCUCAAACAUUUCCUCCGGAAUGCACAGAAGUAAUGAAUGUUGUCAUUCAGAUUGUCAAUAAAAUAAUAGCAAAAGGUUUAAAUCACUGUCAGUUCCGUUGGCUACUGGACGAGGUGGACAGCACGUAUUCUGAUCUGCUGCUGCACAACAGAGUCCAGUGGCUGUCCAGAGGGCAGGUGCUGAAGCGCUUUGCCGCGUGUCUGGAAGAGAUGAAAACUUACCUGGGCAGCAAAGGGCUCACCUUUCCUGAGCUAGAAUGGCCAGAGUGGCUGGAAAAGCUACACUUCAUGGUAGAUAUGACAGCGCACCUGAACACACUGAACACAACUCUUCAGGCGAAAGGAGGCACAGCCCUGCACAUGCUGGAGGAGGUUUUGGCAUUCGAGUGCAAGUUGACAGUGUUUGCCGAAGAUUUACAGAGAGGUACACUGUCUCACUUCCCCUCUUUGAGAGAGUUCAAACAAGCUCACAAUAUGAUAAAUUUGGAGUAUUUGCAGUCUGCAAUCACCGCAAUGCAAACAUCGUUUAGGAAACGAUUCCUUGAGUUCAGAGAGGAAAAAAACACAUUAUCCUUCCCUGUCACUCCCCUGACCAUCGAUCCAUCCCUAUUGAAUAUGACUGCAUUUGCAGGUGUAAGUCAACCCGACCUUGAGAUGGAACUGGCCGACAUAGCCGACAAAGAUCUAUGGGUGUCCAAGUUCAAACACUUGACAGCUAAUCUUGAAGAUGUUGCCCGUCAGAAGACCAUUCUUGCUCAGAAUCACAAAUGGAGUGAUAUCGAAAACCUUCCCAAACCAGAUAAACUUGUGUUCGAAACAUGGAAUGCCAUCCCCGACACUUAUAUGAACAUGAAAAAGUAUGCAUUUGGAGUCCUGUCGAUCUUUGGAUCUACAUAUCUAUGUGAGCAGGUCUUCUCCAACAUGAGAGAUAUUAAAAACAAACAUCGCACACGCCUCACAGACGACAGCUUACAAUCCUGUGUGAAGAUGAAGGUGACGUCUUACAGCCCUGAUGUGCAGACACUGUGCGCUGAGGUUCAGGAGCAAAAAUCACAUUAACCGGGAGAUGAUGGGAUGCCCCAAGAAGAGCUGCAAAAUCAGGCUGAAUGUUCCUGGGAAUCGGAGCCAUGUGGGAUGUUGCCAGGGAGAGGCCAACAAAACAUUUCCCACCACUGAGAUCAGGGAGAAGGCUUUGAAUGUCAGCAGGAGAGCGGUGCAGAAGAGACGAGAGGGGAGCACCUUCUGUGUGAACUUCCAGUGCGUGAAAGAGUCCACGCAGGAGGGAAGCAGCACAUGUGUUCUGAGACACAAGCUUUAGCCAGAGGUCUAGUCUGAGAAUACACAGGACAUACACAGGAGAGCUGCCAUUUGAGUGCCGAGUGUGGGAAACACUUCAGCCAUUGCUCCAAUCUUAGUGCUCACAAGGCGGUCCAUACAGGAGCCCGGCCAUAUCAGUGCGCAGGCUGUGGGGACAGCUUUAGGCAUCGCUCACACCUCACUGCACACAAGCGAAUUCACACGGGAGAGGCCGCACAAAUGCUCCAGCUGUGGGAAAGGCUUCAAUCAGAAGCCGGCUCUCACUGUGCACAAGCGUGCCCACACAGGAGAGGCCAUGUAAGUGCUUGGACUGUGGGAGAGACUUUAACCAGAGGUCGAUUCUCCUUGCACACAAGAGGAUCCACACAGGCGAAAGGCCGUUCAAGUGCUCCAACUGCGAAGUUUUAAGUAACUGUCAGCCUUGAGUGCACAUGUACGGAGCCACACUGGUGAGAGGCCAUAUAGCUGCCCAGACUGCAGGAAGAGUUUUACGCACAGCUCACUCCUCAUGAAGCACAAGUGAAUGCACACCGGCGAAAAGCCGAAUGAAUGGGCCGACUGUGGGAAGCACUUUGGUCAACAGAGACAGCUUGUUAAUCACAAGAGAAGCCAUGUGGGAAGGAAACAGUGAUCAGGGAGAAGAGCUGAGACCCAAAUUGUAGCAUGUCAUUGGAAACUGAGAAACUGGGGAGGAUCAACAUGUCACCUUGUUGUGUUACAAAUCAUGUCCAUAGAAAGAGAUAUUUCUCUAAUGCACAAAAUACAUACACAGGCUCUUCUGUGAACUUCUCUCACACUUCCUUGAUACAUGGAGCAGGCAAAAGUUCAGGCCUCACUUACAGGCGCCUCCAACCUUCUCGGGCUGGUGGGCACACUUGAAUUGUGGAUGUGUACUUUGAGCCCUCAUAAAAUGGCUGCUGGAGUGAGGCCCAUCUUGUUCAUGAAAUGGUUGCCACAUAAAAUAGUGGGCAUGGCUGAUCUCAAAGCAUUCAUUUCCCAGAAAGCUGCUGUGAGAAAUCCAUCCAUUCAGAACUUCAGCUUAGAUCUCAAUAGUGAUCUAAGAAUUCUGAGCUGAAAAAUCCAAAGGCACAUAAUCAUCACACUGUUCACAUUCUCAGCCAAAUGCUUGCAUAUCAUCAGACCCAUGUGUUCCCAGAUCCCUGAUGGCUGAGACACACUAUUUCACUGCAUGGAUUAAAACUAGAGGCACAGUCCCCUGUUAUCACGGAAAGAGUUUUAUAAGUGUAAGAGUAUUAUCCUGUAAGGAUGACUGUAAGCCCCAGACUCUUGAGGCUUAUGGGCAACCAGUACAGAGUGGCAGG